AUGUCCCAAAUCACGAAUCCGCCGAAAUGGCUGGGAACCGACAAGGAAAACGUGGAUCUGAUGAAUUUUUUCGCCGAUAGAGCGAACCAAUCGAAUUCUCUUUUGAAUAUAUCGAAACUUUGUAAAGAAUUUCACUCGGAAAGACGCUCGAAAUUCAGUGAGAAGAGCUUGAAUUGCAGAAUCCGCGCAUUUCGUCUUCGAAUUCACGAGUUGGAUGAUUUGAGUAAUGAGACGAAAGUUCGAAUGCUAUUCUCAAUGAGUGCACCGGUGGAUAGCGGUUUUCUGAUAGAACUAAAAAAGGAUGCUGACGUGGAAUAUGACGAUGUGAAUCGAAUUACAAAGUAUGAGAAGAAGGGAGGACUGAAAUUGGUUAGAGAUUCUAUCACUAUCUUAGUCAAAUUCAAACCACAUCCUGUUGGAAAAAAGAAAAAGAUGGAUCCGAACGCAACAAAGACGGACUCUUGA